AAGGAAGAUGUUGACACACCAGCAUGUGUUGCUAUCAAACAUAAUGUAAUCAAGAUUAUAUAAUCAAAGUUCAACCUUUCUAAAAAAAAAAAACAAUGCUUGGUCCCAAUGCUGGGAGGAGCCAGGAGCUUUUAGCAAUGCAUUUGUUGCCUCUCUGUGGCUACAGAUCCAAAGUACAACUACAGGGAACUGCAACACAACAUCAGUUUAUUGUGUAAGACAGCAGAAACUGAGAGAUUUACUUUCUAAAAAGUACAAAUAUCAAUCAGGAAUAAAAAGGCAAAUUAAUUUCUGGAAGAAAUGGUGUAAAAAAAAUGGGUAAACUAACUUAUUCUAUUGAGGAAGCUCACUUGAGCUUCUUGUAUCUAUAAUCUGGUAUUUUUGGGUAUGAUUUAUAUUUCAUGACCGUAGCUCAGGGUCAGAACACAUACUGACUGGUAAAUCACAAACCUGUUCAUCCCUCCUGCAAAAGGAGACACAAUCUAUCCAUCUCUCGCUGGUCUCUGCUUUCCUUUUGAACAAAAAAUCAAAGAUUUUUAACUGACUGUCUGAAGCAUAGAGUGGUCCUUAACCUAGAGGGAGCAGACUUUCAGUUUGGGAACCAGGACUUCUGAGUAAAUGGAGGUGACUACAUACUGAAAAUAAUUUGAUAUUAUUCCUACUUUAAUCACUGCAUCUGUCCUGUUCUGAUUUUUAGAAUCUAUAUCUACAUUUGAUUAUAAUUUGCAUUAUUCCAAUCUGUACAGAGUGAAAAAAACAUCCAGUAUCAACUAGAAACAUGGACUUUUAUAUUGAUAAAUACCCCCCCAAGUCCUUCCUUAGGGUUUGAUCCGUUUUCAUCCUGUGACUUUUGAGGCUUGAUAGAUUAUUCCAAAAGUGAUUAUGUAAUUUUUACUCCUGAACGUUAUAGUGAGGAUGAGAAAUGGUGAGUCAAACACCAAAAAGAGCUCAGGUUGUAAUAACAAGGUUUAAUUCAAAGCAGGCCUUUUGUACAUUGCAGCUUAAACAAAGAGGCCCCUUCUUUGGGGGAAAAGUCCCUCCCUGAAGAAAAGCGGAUCUAUAAUCGUUCCAUGCAAGCUGUUCUGGAAUUUGGAAUUCACUUAUGCAGAGUCCAAGAUGUUUCACACUUAGAAAAUAAGGACCUCAUAGGACCAAGUUCAGCAGGUUUAAGAUGACAUCCAGGGGAAAUGCCACAGCAUAUCUUCUCUUGUUAUUUGCUGCAUUUCUUUUGUGGAGACCUGGCCAUGGAGGAAGGAUUUUGGCCUUUCCUUUAGAGGGAAGCCACUGGGUGAAUAUGGAAAUUAUGGUUCAAGCUCUCCACUCUAAAGGACACUCUAUUGAUGUAGUUAAAACCAACAAAAGCUGGUAUAUCAAGGAUGACUCUCCGAGCUACAAAAGCAUCACAGUCCCAGUUGCAAGAGCCUUUAAUCAUGAUUUCAUCAACCCAAUCCUGAGGAGGAUUUUUGAAUUAGAGAGAGGAAAGAGCUCCAUCAUGAGCUUCAUUAGUUUGCAGUUUGAAAUGUUUAAUGCUAUGUCGGACAUGCAUGGAAUGAUGUGCAAGAUGGCUAGCAGUAUGUUGGAAGAUAAAAGGUUUAUGAAUAGUUUAAAGGCAAGGAAGUAUGACCUGGUACUGACUGAUCCUGCAUGGGGAGCAGGUAUAAUACUAGCUCAUGCUCUCAAACUGCCUCUAGUCUAUAAUGUAAGAUGGGUUACCAGUGGGGAGGGCCACUUAGCUCUUGCACCUUCUCCUUUAUCUUAUAUCCCAAUGACUGGCUCAGGACUGACAGACAAAAUGACUUUCAUACAGAGAGUCAAAAAUCUCCUUUUCUAUGCUAUCUGGGAAUUUCAGGACACCUUUUUGAUCAGUCCCCAGUAUCAGGCCGUCUGUGAUAAACUAUUUGGCCCAGAAGUUAGAUACAGAGACUUGUUACGAGGAGCAGACCUGUGGCUCAUGAGAGUGGACUUUGUUUUUGAGUUUCCUCGCCCCACCAUGCCAAACGUUAUCUACAUUGGCGGCUUUCAAUGUGAACCCCCGAAGCCUCUUCCUGAGAACUUGGAGGAGUUUGUACGGAGCUCUGGAGAGCAUGGAGUCAUCAUCAUGUCUCUUGGAACCUUUGUAAGUGAACUUCCUUUAGAAGUGACUAACAAGAUCGCUGAAGCCUUUGCUCAGUUACCCCAGAAAGUCAUCUGGAGGUAUAAUGGUAUCAAACCUGCCACUUUGGGAAAAAACACUUUACUGCUUGACUGGAUGCCUCAAAAAGAUCUUUUAGGUCAUCCAAAGGUGAAAGUAUUUGUCGCUCAUGGAGGAACAAAUGGAGUCCAAGAGGCCAUUUAUCAUGGAGUACCAGUAGUGGGGUUACCAGUGUUUUAUGACCAGUACGACAAUUUGGUCCGUCUACAAGAGAGAGGAGCGGCUAAGAUCAUUACGUUAGCCACUGUGGACAAAGAGGACACAUUCCUGAAAGCUGUCAAAGAAGUUCUGACUGAACCCUCUUACAGGAUGAAUAUGCAGAGACUCUCCAGACUGCACAGGGAUCAACCAAUGAAGCCCAUCGAUACUGCCCUCUUCUGGAUAGAGUUUGUAAUGAGACACAAAGGCGCUGCUCACCUGAAAACUGAGUCCUACAAACUACCUUGGUAUUCCUAUUACUCUGUAGAUGUUGUCCUUUUCUUACUGUUUGCAGUUGCAUUGAUUAUGUUUUUAAUAGCUAGGGCUUUCAGGUUGAUCUUUCCUCUAAAAUGCAGGAAAGAGAAAACAAAUAAAAGGAAGAAAACAUGACAUGUUUCAGCUUUGGCCAAUGAAUUAUACAUACCUGCAGAGUGGAUGUUGGUUUUGUCCAGUUUCUACAUUAUUUUAAAUAGCUAUACUCUUUUAAAUUGACCAUGUAAUAACUGUAUGUUUAUAUAUUUCAAAAAUAUCUCUUGUUUUUGUUUUAUUAAGUAAUUAUGUAAGCUACAGGUACAUUUCAUUACAUAAAUCAUGUUGGAAUCUUAAUACCCUCUCAAUAUCAGUGGCGUGUUUUAUAAGCUUUUUGUGGGGUUUGUCCAGAUCAGGUUUUGUACAUUUUAUAUUAUUGCAUUUAAAUAGCGACAAAAACUGUUUAGUCUUAAAACAAAAACCACCGCAGUAAAAAUUUGAUGCAAAAGUAUUCAUACUACUUUACUUUACAUUCUGUCAUGAAACACCUUUAAACUGCUAUGCAAUUUAACAGAGUUGUAUGCAGUACAAUGAGGAUUGUUUAUAAGUAAGCUGAAAUAAAAAUAAAAUAGAA